CGUUCAGUUGCACACACAUACAUAUGUACAGUAUCCGCGGUACGAGAUUUGCAUUGUAGUCGUCAUCUGUAAGCGGUCAACUGGUAGUAUUAACUAGUAAGCCGUAUCAAAGAACAUUUCUCACUUUUUGGCAUUUAGAUCUCAAACUAUGCUUGCCAAAAUGCCGGAUGAAAAAGAGGAGAACACUGAGACUUAUCUGGAUGCUUUAAAUGUCAAGUUGGCAAACCGUUGAAUCGUCCGAGCCCCCAUGUUUACAGGAUCACACGAGCAUUCCUUUGAACGGAAACCAUCUCGCGAGAUCCCAUCAGAGCUUGAACAGCUACUGUGCCGAAUAGCUCGCAAUGGAGAACCAUUGUUUCCCUGGAGUAAGCUCAAGCCGUUAGUUGUCACCAAGUUGGAGAAUGUGAUCCAGGAGUACAUACAAUCCAACCCCUGUGAGGAGGUGCCUGUGCUGCCAAAUGUAGAGAAUGUGAAGUUUGAUGAUAUGAGGGAGCGUUUGCUGCGGGCGCUCCAUGCAUUCAACAGUGCUCCAUUCACCAUGCAGCGUCUGUGUGAGUUACUUACACAUCCAAAACGCUACUACCAGAGAAGCGACAAAUUCAUGAGAGGAGUAGAGAAGAAUGUACAGGUUGUUAGCACCGUAACACCAACUGGAAAGCGCAUCACCCAUUCCUGCGAAAUCCGGAACCCCAACCUCGUAAUAAACGGAUUCCCGUCAGACAUCCACACACAAACAAGUACUCCCUCUAGUGAUUCCCAGGCCUCAGGUGACUCGGCCCCCUCGGAUGACCUGCCUCCCUCGGAUGGGACCACUCCCUCGGACGGGAUCGCCCAUACCAAUGGGCAAGAGGCCACUGGUACCCAGCCUCUCCCCGACGCAGUAUCUUCCGCCCCGGAGCAGAGCGUGGAUUCCACUGGACAAAAUGUUGAAGCCCCGGCCGCGGAACUUGAAACGGACCAGGCCAAUGAAAGAACUACCAGCAGUGAUCAUGAGUCACCUCUGAUCGCUGGCGAUCCCCAAGACGGCAAAGAGUCAGCAACAACAAACAAUGAAGCAGAUGCUUGUAAACCAAUGGAAGUCGCAGAUACCUCAGCUGCAGGAGAUUCAGAUGACAGUGAUGGCAACAAGGGAGAUGCGGAUCAUGACAGCUGCUCCUCCAUGGACAGCGCAGACAGCGGCGACAGCUCUCCAGAUUCAGCGUUACCCUCCGGUCCUGCAUAUUUUGACACCCUACCUCCAAAGGAUGCUAAUGCUGCAAGUGAUCCCACUCCAGCCCCAACAGGGCCUGACUUGGUGGAUUCCUCUACUGAUGUGGGAGGGUCAACUACUGAAGAAGGAUCAAGCUCGAAAACCACAUCAGCCCUCCAACCAGAUCAAACUCAUUCCAUUUUUACCCAGCCUUCACAGGAAGAACAGGUGUCCCCAUUGGUCACAUCGGCUGCUACAAGUACUGUGGACACACCAGCAGACCAUUCAGAAGCGGCCGUAGAACCAUCUGACAAGACAGACGACCCCUCAGAAGAGCCUGCCAGUCAAUCAUCGGCAUCUUCAGAGCAAGUUAGUCAGUCAGAUGGCACGUCAAAAGAGACAGCUGUUGAAGCAGAAAUUCCCAUGGAGCACAAAUGAGCUUUGAUGUGCACAUUUUUUAUUUGUAUGAAUCUCGGAAGGAGAAACAUCAAGAAUCCAAUCUCACAUUGGAGGCUGCCUUGAAAAAAGGGAAGUUAUUCAGAGUAAGGUUUGUAUCAGGUUUUCACAAUACUAAACAGUGCUAUAGAGCCUCCAGGUUUCAUGUAGAUGCACGGUAGUAGGUAUUUGGACCAUACAUCUCUCCUUGUCACAGGGGAAGAAUGCUGUUUUCAUCUACUUUCCUCUGCGACCACAGCUGCCAACUGAUUGAAGUCACCAAGCAAUCAAAGGCUUUGAUUUCUGAAUCUGGUUCAUUAUGUGAAUGUGUUCAAAACGAAGGAGCGUUUUUGUUUUUUUGUUUGUAACCAAGUGAAGGUCCUUAUGUAUCAUACUUCCUGUGUAAUUUAUCUGUAAAUAAUGAGAGCAGCAUUUGUAACCAAAAGUGGAAAAGAGAAAGAAAUGCUCAGCAGAUAAUUGUAAUUCGGCCUCCAAAGGGUGCUUUUAUGUCAUAGACAUAGAUGUACAUGUAUUUUGAUUAACAAAUAUUUCAUUUUCCACAGUGAGACAGUUAACCCUAACCCCCAAGCAUAUCAUUUGGCUAACAGGAUUCAGUACUACAAAAUACUACAUAGUAGUCUGAGCCUGAAGGACCAAGCCCUACAAAUUACUACUUCCAGCUA